GCAGCAACUCUGGGAUCCUCUCGCCCUCCUACUGCUGCCACCCUUAGGGGUCUGGAGUCCUCAUGCUGAGCACUGCAUGUUCUUCCAUCGUGGAUGGCCAGGCUCCCUCCCCCUCUUCCCUGACUACAGCAAGAGCCCCAUGACUGCCAUAUUGGAAGGCGUUAGUUGUCCCUCCUGGUUCCUUCCUGCCCUGGCUGUCAGCAGAGCUGUGAGUGUGGAUACCAGGCUGGAGUGAGGGAAAGAGGAGCCCCUGGUAUGGGCUGUUCCCUGGGGGAUUUUGGUAGAGAAAAGGAGCAAAACAGAAGUAACGGAAGCUUGGGGGUCAAUGGAAGAAAUUUUUAGAGGACGGGAGACUUGUCAAGGGACCCAGUGAAAUGAGUUGCAUCAGAGGCUUGAAGAAAGAGUUUUCAGCUGGGAGAAGAGAGGAAGGCAAGUUAAUCAGAACAAGGAAUCUGGACCUAUAUUAAGAAAUCAGUAAAUAUUAAAAAGAAGAUGGAUGCAAGAAGGAUGAAGAAAGAAGAAGGACUCACAGAAAACACUGGACUUUUCCUGAAGCUGCUUGAAAAACACGACCCCUGGCCAGCCUCUGUCACCUACACCUCUCAGACAGUGAAAAGACUCAUUGAGAAGAGCAAAAAUAGAGAACUGGAAUGCAUGCUUGCCCUCGAGGAAAGCUCCUGGGCAUCCAGGAAGAAUAAGCCUUCCAGCGUCAUUCAGCUGAAAAGGAGAAAGUUGUCCAAGUCUUCUGGCGAAGUUGUGUUCAGGGACAUGCUGUCAGAAUCCUCGUUAUCAAUGUGGGGCACUUAUUCAAUAUCGACCAUGGCUCCUACCAUGAUGCCAGAACCCACGAACUUACAUACAGAUUCCAGAGAUGGCCCCACUGAAAACUAUAACAAGAUCAUCUUUGCCCGAAAGCCUGUGAUGAGGAUGCUCCCUACAGUUUGCUAAUGACCAACAAGGAGAAACACACAAUGUUUUUAGCCAGGGGUCCCUGCAGCCAUCCCUCAAGAAUGUACAGCAAUUAAGCCCUAUUGGCCGUGCAUUUCAUGGUGUCCUUUAAAUCUGAACUUGCUUUUGCUCAUGCAGAGCUUGGCCGAGAGAAACCAGAUCAUAAUGUAGGCUGUAGGUGGGUGGGUGUGUGCUCUCCCACACUGCUGUCUGGAGGGGUUGGGCGGUGCUUGACUCCAGUCUCUGCCACAGAUGCUCAGCACCAAAAUAUGGGUGAUUUGUCUGGGUUCAGGCAGGAGACAGAUAUCAUGCCAGCUAUUUUAUUGGAGAUAACUUAAUACAAAUAAUGAUUAACCAGGUGAUGGAAAAGGGCAGGAAGGGAAUACAAAGGUAUCCAUGGAGGUAGCACCACAGGGAGCAGGCAUCACACUUGAGGCUCAGUAACAAGGGGAAGAUGCCAGACUCAUUGAAAUGUAGUUGCUUGAAGACAGGAUACAGGACUGAAUCUCAGACUUCUGAGGUGGGGGAGUGGGGAUGCCGCACAACUCCAGCUGGUGUCUCUGAGUUCCGAGGAGAGUCCCUGUGGGGAUGGUUCCCUGGCCUUUGAAUGGGGGGAGCUCUUUUGUUGGUGUCUCUGAGGGGACCACCAUGAGGCUGCUUUUGUGAGUGUUGGGAAAACCAAAAACUGCAUUGAAAUCUUUCUGGAAGGAGUUGCCACUGCCCUGGUUAAGAAAAA